AACCAAGGUUACUGCGAAUUUAAAGUCACAACAUCUAUGGCAUAUCUAUGGCCACAAAUUGAGCAAAAAGCAAUCUCGGUAAAUGGUUCUUUCACUAUGCAGAUGGGUGGGCAAAGUGGCAAUUGUGACCGGUGCAAGUUCAGGAAUCGGAGCCGCAAUUGCCGACGCCUUAGUAGAAAACGGCCUUAUAGUUGCUGGACUCGCUCGUCGCUCUGAACGCAUCGAAGAGCGAGCCAAAAAGCUCGAAGGCAAGGAAGGAAAGCUCCACGCUGUCAAAACUGACAUGAGAAAAGAAGACGAAAUUACCAAAGCCUUCAAAUGGGUUGAGAAAAAUCUCGGACAAGUUCACAUCCUAAUCAACAAUGCUGGUGUUGCUAAAGAAGGUUUGCUAUCAAACGGAGACACGGAAGCUUGGAGGAAUACUUUCGAUGUAAACGUCAUGGGACUGUGUAUUGCCACAAGAGAAGCAGUCAAAUCAAUGACAGCAAACAACAUAAACGGACAUAUCAUUCACAUUAAUAGCGUUGCGGGCCAUAAAGUUGUGUACUUCCCCGGGAUUAAUGUUUACACAGCCAGCAAACAUGCAGUCACAGCUUUGGCCGAGACUUUAAGGCACGAGUUUCUCGCUCGUGGGUCGAAAAUCAAAAUUACAAGUGUCAGUCCUGGAUUUGUUAUAAGCGAAAUGACGACUCUCAAUACCGGGUAUAGUCCUGAACGACAGAAAAUGCUCAAAAGUCAACCGAUUCUGAAGCCUGAAGAUAUUGCAGAUGCCGUUUGUUACGUAUUAUCUACACCUGAGACCGUCCAAAUAAAUGAACUGCUAAUCACUCCAGUCGGCGAAAGAAUGUUUUAAUUAUUACUACAAACACCUCACCAAUACAAAAAUAAACUUGAUUCAAAAUUUAUAUCCAUAUUUUCUCCAUAAGAUUGCAAUGAAUUUGUAA